CGGCUUUUAUAGACGUCGGGAAUUUCAGGGUCAGAGAAAAGUGACUGUCUGCACUUAGUUUUCUUAAAAAGGUUCAUACUGGUUUUGUUUUAAACCCCCUUUUUUAAGGCGUGUGAGUGCAGCCUCAGCUCCAGUGAAUGAUGGCAGCACAUGUGGAGACCCAGUGUUCAAGUGCCACGGAGGGCAGCGCCUAUUCAGCAACAGUCAGUCAGGGCUAUGUUUUACCAGAAGGAAAAAUCAUGCCAAACACCGUCUUCGUUGGUGGAAUUGACAUAAGGAUGAAUGAAGCAGAAAUUCGGAGUGUCUUUGAACAAUAUGGUACUGUGAAGGAGGUGAAGGUCAUCACUGACAGAACUGGUGUUUCAAAGGGAUAUGGAUUUGUUUCUUUCCUGGACAAUGUGGAUGUUCAAAAGAUAGUUGAGUCACAAAUCAACUUCCACGGUAAAAAGCUGAAACUGGGGCCAGCAAUCAGAAAACAACAAAACCUAAAUUCCUGUGUGCAUCCCAGACAAUUAGUUCUUGGUCCUCCUCCACCACAGUUCCAGAGUGUGUGGGGUAAUCAGAGUAUGGAGACGUACGUGCAGCCUCCAACUGUCAUGAACCCAGUAACCCCCUAUGUUCAGCCUUAUCCAUACAGUUCAUCACCAGCUGUAGUGCUGAAGCAGCAAGUUCCCAUAGGGUAUCAACCAGCUUACAACUAUCAGGCUCAACCGCAGUGGCUUCCUGGGGAGCAAAGAAAUUAUGUAAUACCUCCAGCUCCGGUUUAUACUUCAGUAAACUAUCAUGGCCCUGAGGAUCAAGGAUUUAUACAGGUGGAAUGUGCCAUUGCGGAGCCCACGCAGUUGCGUAACAGCCCACAGAAGAAGUCUGUGGAUAGGGGCAUGCAAACAGUAUUAUCCUGUCUGUCUAAUCCUGAGAACCAGCUGACAAAUGACUUUAUAUCACAAGACAACAACGUAAAGGAGAGUAAGGCAUACCACUUGAGAAAAGGAAGGACAUUACACAAAAACAUUUGAUCAACAAAGACUUUGAAGUAGCUAAAUUAAUUAACUAGAUGGUAAUACAGUUCAUUUUAAGAUUACAGAGUGUUAACAUUUCUCAAAGUUACUUAAAGUUAUGUUUGUGCUCAUGUUCUACCUGUUUUGUUGCUGUUGUUGUUGUUUGAGUAGUUUGAAGUUGUAAGAAUUGAUAAACUUCAGUGUUACUGUUUUGUGUGCUUCCCCUGAUAAGUGACUGGAACGUUAAAGAGUUUAUAUGUUUGCUGUAUGUGGAUUUUUCUCUGAGCUUUAAGGUACAGUUUGCAUAUUACACAUGGUUUUUGUUAACUACAAUUUGACUCAUACUGACCAGUUAACUCCUGCAGUUUAAAAAUCGAAGUAGUUAUUUGCCCAAGAGAAUAUAUUUUAAGACUGAGUUUUUAAAUCAAUGCAAAAGAAGUUGAGAAGCUAUAACUGAGCUGAAGCCCUGUAAGUCCUGGUUGCCUUUAGACAACAUAAUCAAUGUGAUUAUGUUCAUUGAUGACAGUCUUAUGUACCUGCAGUCUUAAGCAUCGCUGCUAUUUUUGGGUAAGUAAUGAAGAGAAUCCUAUAAUUCCUGUAUGUAACUUAAAAUGCAAGAAUGUUAUCUGUAUUGGACACUCAGUCAGCCAAUACAAGAUUUUUUACUUGAAAAAUCUUAGCAAUACCUGUAUUUUAAACUUCUGAGAAAAUACUGCACUUAAAUAAGCUUUUGUUAUGUGAUGCAAACUGUUAAUCAAAGAAUAUAUGUAUGACUGUUUUAAUAUAAAUCAUGUAGAUUUUAGGUGUGUAUUGUGAAACAGUGAAAUAAAUUUUUACUUUGCCUUGGUUUCCU